AUCCCUUUUACAUUAAACCAAAUUACAACACCGGGGACCAGUCAAAUUAUAGGCCCUAAUAGUAGUUGCGAACGUUAGCGUCGCUCUCUGUCACUGAACACGGGGUUGGUUCAUUUACCAACAGCAACGAAAUAUUUCCAAGCAAAACGUUUAAUUCGUCUCCACAAUACCGAGGGUGACAAUGCGUAUCGUCCGAUGACCAUUCAUAUGCUGAGCAAGGAAGAUGAUGCAAACAUCUACAUCGAGGCGUACAGUCCUGAGGGCUUCAAGCUGAGCAGUGGCUUCCGGAUACUCGGCCCGUGUGCGGUCUUCCCAAGAUCCAUUCUACACUGGAACGUCAAGAGCUCAAAAGACAUUCAUGAAAAUUCUCUUUCUUUGUUUUGUAUGCUGGAGCCAAAGAUUGAUAUCCUAAUUCUUGGAAUUGGCGACCAUGGUUCCAAGUACAACUUUGACAUUAUCCGCUACUUGAGGAGCAAAAAGAUUAAUGUUGAAAUCUUGCCAACUGAUCAGGCCUGUUCUACAUUCAACUUCCUGAACUCAGAGAGGCGUUACGUAGCAGCUGCCUUGAUCCCGCCACAGGACGUUUCCUUCGACAUUGACGAGGACCUGUUUGUGGAAGACCUGCAAGUGGAGUACACCAAAGAACUCGACACGCCCGGCGAGUUCGAAGAGGAAUACAAAUACAUCAAAGAAAACUUUUAUAGCAAACUGCCUGGAUUGAAGUCACAGCAGACCAAACCUGAUGAUACGAAGGGUAAAAGGGAAACAGACGAUUUAGUUGAACCAGAGAAAGAUAAAGAGAAAAAAUAAUUAUUAUUUUGUAUUUAUUUAUUGAUGUGUGUAAUAUUGUCUUUUUCAAAAUUGAAAUCAAGUAGUCAUAUUGAUGCAGUUGAAGUAUGAAUAGGAAUGUAAAAUAAAAUAGUAUGGUCGGAAAUGUUUUGUGAUAUUAAAGUUUGUGUGUAUUUUCAUAAUAUUUUAACUUGUGUGUGUCAGAAUUUUGUACAAAUGGGGGCAGAAUCUUGCUCAGUAGAUAAGAGUGGCCUGAGAUGUUUGGGUCAUUACAUAGGAUAACAUUUCAUUACAUUAAAAAAAAAAAAAUUUUUAACAUCACCACUAGGGCACAUUGAUUUAUUAAUCAUCGGCUAUUGGAUAUCAAAACAUGGUCAUUUUGACAGUCACAGAGAGGAAGGAAGGAUAUAUU